GUUUUUACAACCACAAAGUGAAAUACUUUAAAUACUCACCAUGUAUGACUGAAUUUUGUUUACACUCUGUUCACAGGUUGUCUUUACUCAGUUGUGGCAGUCGCAGCCGUACUGUUCGCAGAAUACUGAUUGCUUGUGUAAUAUCUUUCCUGGCUCUGCUUUCUGCUGUGACCAUGGACUUCAACUCAUCUUUGGCUCAAUGGCAAGCCACUGAAGCUUCACUUAAAAAGCUAACGUCCUGUAGAACAAAUGUCACUCUCAGACUUAUUAUGGAGCUCCAAACAUUAAGAAACCUCAGUUCAACAAGAGAGAAAACAGUUCAUAAUAUCAAUAAAGAGCAGAUCCUGAACUCCUGGUCCUUGAUAAUGUUCACAGUUAACCAUUGUUGUACUAGUACUGAUAUGGACAGUUUGGGCCAACCAUGUGGUGUUGAGUUACAUGAGUUUUGUGAGCAUCUUCAAUCCAACCUCUCAGAGUUUCUCAAUACUACAGGGAGAGGUGAGUUAAUGGAUGCUAAUGGCACCACAUUUUUUACUCUUGCAAUUCAGAAUAUAUUAAACAUGUGGGGCAUUAAAGAUGUUGACAUCGGUAUCCUCAAGCACAACCCAGAGUGGACAGAUGUCCUUGCUCUGAAACUGCUCUUAACAGUCCAUGAGUUGAACUAUCGGUUGAUAACAGGUGAAAAGAAGGAAGAUAUUCAGGAUGAAAUAUGGCAUGCAACAACAAUCAUGUCAGUCAUAAAAGACAUGUCUGAAAACCUUCGUCACUGCUGGAUGGAAAACCCUAAUAUUGAGCUAAACUUGACUAAUAUAAAAAAUUUAAUCUACUCUACUGCCACAACUCAUGAAGGAUCCACAGAAUUGACAUUUGCCUUGGAGAACACUCUGAGAUGUUUUCAUUCUAGAGCUGGAUGGGCUCUGAAACUGAAAUCCAGAGACAUCUCUUCCAACAUCAGUCUGAAGAUCUGCCUGCUUGCCAUUGCCUGUCUCAUUUAUCCCAUAGUGCUGCUCUCCUUCAAGCAAAUGACGGAAUGGAUCCAGGAUUACGCUCAGACCCUCAGGGAGAAGACAGAAGCCCUGAAGAGAGAAAGAUGUCUGGCAGAAGAUCUUCUUCAUCAGAUGUUGCCCAAAACUGUGGCCAAGCAGCUACGCCAAAACAAACACGUGGAGGCUGAGAGUUAUGAGAAGGUGACUAUUUUCUUCUCUGACAUUGUGGGUUUUACUACUAUAUCAGCCUCCUGUACUCCAUUACAAGUUGUUGAGAUGCUAAAUAACCUCUACAUGUGCUUCGACACACGCAUUGACUCCUAUGAUGUCUACAAGGUGGAGACUAUAGGAGAUGCAUACAUGGUGGUCAGUGGACUGCCGGAGAAAAACGAAGAUAAACAUGCUGAUGAGAUCGCUAAAAUGUCUCUGGAUCUAGUGGCUGCAGUCAGACAGGUGUCAAUACCCCACAUGCCAAACAAACGCCUUCAACUCAGAGCCGGCAUACACACAGGCCCUUGUGUAGCUGGCAUUGUUGGUUACAAGAUGCCCCGGUACUGCUUGUUUGGGGACACAGUCAACACGGCCUCUCGGAUGGAAUCUACAAGUCUGCCACAAAAGAUUCAUGCAAGCUCUGCUACAUACCUGGCACUCAUGAAGGACAAUGCAUAUGAACUGCAGUUGCGGGGUGAGAUUGAAGUAAAGGGAAAAGGAAAAAUGAACACCUAUUGGUUGAUUGGUCACAAGAACUACAGUGUUCAGAAUGAUAGUUUGGUGUGCCACUGGAACCCCAAUAUCUCAAGAAAGAAAAAGACCCCUGUGGGGAGCAACGUGUCCAUAGAGAAUGUGGAGAACUGCGGCAGCAGCUUUGGCACGUUAGGAUCGAUGGUGGGAGCACUGCAGGAGACGGAGGAACGUCCACCCGAACAACACAACGAUAAAAGCUCUCUGCUUCCUGGUGCAGUGUCUCACAGCUGAUCUGCACAUUCCAGAAUAAUUUAAUAAUGUGCACUGGAUGAUUUUAGUGUUUUUUGUGUGAAGAUGAAUCUGCUAUGUGGGCCUUUACUAUAUAUUUCAUAUACACAUUAAUGUUUUAAUACAUCAUCAUCAUCAAAAAUAAAUAAAUAAGGAAAUUAUUAAAAUA